AAAACACACACCACCGCCUCGCCUCCGCGCUGUGGCUCUCCCCGGGUGAAAUUUGCUCCCCACAUUACUUUUACGGCACCAACACGAUCAUCACCUGGCUGGAAGUUGAAGUCCAGAGUUGCCGAGCGCUCACAGGAAUAAGGGAAGCGCCCUGGAUUGGCAUGGGUUAUUUCGACGAAUCGUCUCGUCAUCGAAGAGCGGAGUUAAAAACAGCGAUUGCGUGUUGCUGAAGUUUUCCCCCUGCAUUAUUUUGCCGUCUGCGGUCGGAUUGGCUUGCUAAAGGAAGACUGAAAAGAAGCUGCCUGGAUGACACAGGUUGCUAACCAGCUAACGUCCACUAGGGCGAUUCCUUAAAUGUGCUUCGUCACGAAACAGAAAGGAGAACGAGCGAAACUGAUAAUUCAAAUCAAGAGGGACAAAGUGAAGACUUCGACCGCGAUCAUACACCAGGAAAUAUGAGCCCAGCGAACAAGUCAUUUGGGAAUGCAUAAUUCAUAAUGGAAGUUCACACCAUCAACCGACGGCUGGUAUUAUCGCGACUGGAAUUAAUCCUUUCCUACGGAAAACCCACCAUGGCAUAAGAUAUUUUGUUGUUGACACCUUUAAACCAGAAUCGGUGACCGCGGUGUAUUUUCUGGGAUUUAGAUAUUCACUGCUAAUGUGGCACUGUUAAUAAAAUCCUUAAACAAGCAGGCGAUGCCGAAUGCCUGGCAGCGGAGAUCUGACUUUACGAUGUGGAGUUGUGGACUCUGAAAGUAGCCAACGUUGGGUAUAUGUUGCGUGUUACACGAGCUGUGGAGAAUGGCAUCAAACGAAAGACUGUACGAGGUGUGGAUGCUCUACUGCAACAAGAAGGACCCAGACUACCUGAAGCUGUGGCUGGAGAUCUUCCUCAGCUCGUAUGAGAGAUGUCUGGAUGUGGACUUCGAGAAACCGCCCACGAGGCUGGAGGAGGUGCCCCCGGUGAUGUCGCUGCUGCCGGACAACAUCCUGCAGGUGCUGCGGCACCAGCUGCUGCAGUGCGUCCAGAAGGUGUCGGACGGGCUGGAGCCGGAGCAGCAGAACCUGGCCCUGCUGCUCGUCAAGUUCCUCAUCGUGGUGUGCAGGAACCUCGCCAACGUAGAGGAGAUCGGCACCUGCUCCUACAUCAACCACGUCAUCACCAUAACGACGCUGUACAUCCAGCAGCUGAAGAGUAAGACGAAGGAGAAGGAGCUGGCGGACCAGACUCCCGCCGAGGAGUUUGUGCGUCACGCCCUGGCCUUCUGCGAGAGCCUGUACGAUCCCUACCACAACUGGAGACACAGCGUCUGCGGGGAUCAGCUGAGCGCGGCGGAGAGGAGCAGACAGAAGUACAAAGCCGCUCCGCUCACCGUGGAGUUCGUCCCCUUCUUCUACCAGUGCUUCCAGGAGAGUGAGCACCUGAAGGACAGUCUGAAGUGCUGCCUGCUGCACCUGUUUGGAGCCAUCGUGGCGGGGGGACAGCGCAACGCGCUCCUGGCCAUCUCCCCGGCCACCAUGGAGGUGCUGCUGCGGGUGCUGGCGGACUGCGAGGGCGGCGACGGGGACGAGUGGGACUCGGAGGCGCCGGACCGCAAGGCGCUGCUGACGCUGGGCUGCCUCCGCGAGGUGGUGCACCGGCUGCUGGCCAGCAGCUCCGACCAGCGGCAGGUGGAGAUCAGCGCCGUGCUGGAGAGCUACUUCAAGCUGCUCAACUCGGACCCGGCCGCGCUGCGGGCGCGAGGCCGCGCCCCCCAGCAGCGGUCCCGCCACUGGGAGAGCCGCUUCGUGGCGCUGCAGGUGCACAUGCUGGACACCAUCCGGGAGAUGUUCCGGUGUUCGGACCGACCCGUCCUUCAGGCCAUCUUCCUCAACAGCAACUGCUUCGAGCACCUGACACGGCUGCUGCAGAACAGCAAGCUGGUUAAUGCUAUAUGUAAGGGAGCAGAGAAGAGCCAGAAAGAUUUAACCAACAGAUUACUGACAGAACUGAGUGAGACGCAGGUGUUCCAGGGACGGCUGGAUUCUCUGGCCGUGUCCACCAUCAAGGCCCUGACCACCGUGAUGCACAAGUCUCCGGCUGCUAAGGAAGUGUUCAAGGAGCGCAUCGGCUACACUCACCUGUACGAGGUGCUCGUCUCCCUGGGCCAGCCCUCCAAGCACCUGCUGAAGGAGCUCAUGAACAUGGCGGUGGAAGGGGAGCACACGUCGGUGGGGAUCCUGGGCAUCAGCAACGUGCAGCCGCUGCUGCUGCUGAUCCAGUGGCUGCCGGACCUGGAGUCGCCGGAGCUGCAGAUCUUCACGGCCGACUGGCUGCGCCGGCUCUGCUGCAUCAACCGGCAGACGCGGGCCACCUGCGUCAACGCCGCCAUGGCCGUGCGCCUCCUCGGCGCGCUGGAGCGCCACGCCCGGCUGCACCGCACCUGCGCCGAGAGCCUGCUGGCCCUGCUGGGGGCGCUGGGGAGCCAGUCGCUGGGCGGGGCCGAGCUGCUGCAGCUGCUCCGGCUGCUGCGCACCGACGACCCCCGCCGGGCGCACCCCUACGUGGGGCCCGUGCUCAGGGCCGUGCUGGGCAUGGUGCGCAAGCAGGGCCUGGAGAGCGCCAUGCAGUACUUCGACCUGUCGCCCAGCAUGGCCGGCAUCGCCGUGCCCACCAUCCAGCGCUGGCCCGGCUCCGCCUUCAGCUUCCUGGCCUGGCUGUCGCUGGACCAGGACCAGCAGGGGCCCAGCAAGGGGGAGAAGAGGAAGCAGCUGUACAGCUUUUUCACCCCGGGAGGGACAGGGUUCGAGGCCUUCAUCAGCUCGGCGGGGGUGCUGGUGGUGGCGGUGUGCACCAAGAAGGAGUACGUCACGGUCAUGCUGCCGGAUUACUGCUUCUGUGACUCACUCUGGCACAGCAUCGGCGUGGUACAUGUGCCGGGAAAGAGGCCCUUUGGGCAAAGCCUGGUGUACAUCUACGUGGACGGGCAGCAGAAGCUGUCAGCCCCCCUCAAGUACCCAGCCAUGACAGAGCCCUUCACCUCCUGCUGCAUUGGGUCGGCGGGACACAGAACCACCACCCCGCCCCCGUCUCAGAUCCCCGACCCGCCCUUCUCCAUGGCGCCCGCCCCGGGCCGCUCCUCGCUGGGAGGCAUCCUGUCCGCCCCGGGCUGGGGGGGCCUGCUGGGGGGCAAGCCCGAGUCCGUGACCAAGCUGAUCUCGGCGGGGACGCAGGACAGCGAGUGGGGCAGCCCCACCUCGCUGCAGGGCCAGCUGGGCAGCGUCCUGGUGUUCCACGAGCCGCUGCAGCCCGCCCAGAUCAAAGCCCUCUGCAGCGCAGGUCCGAACUGCAUCUCGCCUUUCAAGAACCAGGAGUCGGAGCUGGGGGACCUGCCCUCCAAACUCCUAGUGCACUACUCCCCCAAGGCGUGUCGGAACCCCAUCUGUCUGGACCUGUCCCCAAACCUGCUGCACGGCCGCCUCACCGGGAACAAAGUGGUCAACUGGGACAUCAAGGACAUGAUUAACUGCGUGGGAGGGCUCCCAGUGCUCUUCCCCAUCCUGGAGCAGCUGGCCCUGCUGACCCCAGAUCAGCCCGCUGAACCCGCGGGGUCAGAGUUCAUCACCCCUGACCUCGCCACUCCCGCCGAGGGGGACUGGGUCAUACUGCCCUCCAACAGGGCCUCAGAGGCGCGUCUGGAAAAGAACUUGGUGGCCACCUUCCUGCUGGUGAUAAAGCACUUCAUCCAGAGGCAUCCAAUUAACCAGGAGAGCCUGCUCCACUCCCAUGGAGUGGCCACGCUGGGAGCCUUGCUGCAGAAGCUGCCCCCUAACCUGGUGGAUGUGAGUGUUCUGGUGGCUGUGCAGCUGCUGGUGGAGCAGGUCACCUUUGAGAAGAACCCCCAGCUGCUGCAGCAGCUACACACGCACCUGCUCUUCAACUUCAGCAUCUGGAACCAGGGAGACUUCCCCCUGCGCAUCGGUCACAUCCAGUACAUGUCCACCGUCAUUAAGGACAGCAGGAAACAGUUCAGGAAGAAGUACGGCGUGCAGUUCCUGCUGGACACCAUCCGCCUCUACUAUGGCAGCGGCAACAGGGAAGGGGACCUGAGCGAGGACGAUGUGCGCACCAUCCGGGCGUCGCUCUGCGGCCUUCUCAAGUACUACAUCAGCAAGGGCGUGGGCCAGGACGAGCUGCAGAGCAUUCUGGGAUACAUUGCAGCCAUUGGUGAUGAAGAGCAGCUCUGUGGGAUCCUGGAGCUGCUGCUGACGCUGCUGCAGACCAGCGCUGCGCGGGACCAGCUCUUCCUGCUACUGUUUGAACCCGGGGCCGCCGACACCUGCUACACCCUGCUGUUGAACAGCAAGCACUCGGACAGGCUGCGAGAGCUGGUCUUCAAGCUGUUCGAGCGCAUGCUGAGGUGUGACCGCGUCUACGAGAAGAGCAAGCAGCGGCUGAAGCUGAGGGAGGUGGGCUACUCCGGCCUGACGCUGCUCUUCUCCGACCUGCACGUCACCCCCGCCCUCGUCAGGAGCCUGCUCAACCAGGUGCUGUCCGCAGACCCAGUGGUUAACUACAAGGACCUGAUGGCGCUGGUCCAGCUGACACACCGGGCCGGGCCCAGCGUGCGUCUGCUGGUGUGCAAGAAGCUGUAUCAGCUGCUGCAGUCACAGCAGGACGCCGCGCAGCAGAUCUCCCGGCAGCUGUGCUGGCAGGAGACGCUGAUGCGGCUGUUCCUGCGCGCCCCAGGCGGGGGCGAGGGCCCGUCGGCCCGGGGGGACACCAGCAGCACCGGCAGCCUGGACCUGAGCCGGGGCAGCGGGGGGCGCGCGGACCCCCCGCCGGAGCGGCGCAGCUUCAUCGAGGCCGUGGGCCGCACGGACGAGGAGAGGGACACGUCGGACAGCGUCGGGGACAACCGCUCCGAGGACAGCCUGGACAACGGGGAGCUGCUGUCGCUGGUGGACACGCCCGGCGAGGCCCAGCUCUCCAAGCCCUGGGCCGGGAAAGCCGGGGGCUUGAGUUUGGACCUGACCCAGGCGCACCUGUACGAGCACGGGGACAGCGGCAGCCAGACCCCCGGCAGCAUGCCCAGCACCCCGUCCCCCAUGGAGACCUCCAAGCCGUUCCCCGGCGCCCCCUCCGAACGCGAGGUCUCCUCCUCCUUCACGGAGGACAGCUUCCUCUUCAGCGACGACGUGUCCCUGGGGGAGUCCUUCAGCAGCGCCGAGAGGGCGGAGGAGGAGCUGUCGCGCAUGCUGCUGGAGACGGUGCUGUGCGUGAUGUGGCGGGGCGUGGAGGGCUCGGACGACGCCGCCUGGCUGGAGCGGGGGCAGGUCUUCUCCGCCCUCACCAAGCUGGGCACAGCCAAUGAGCUGCUGCUGCCGGUGGACCACAUCAAGCUGAGCCUGCUGGAGAAGAUGCUGGAGUGGGCGGUGACGGAUAACCGGGAGGCGACGGCGGCCAUGCUGCCGCAGCACACGGAGAACGCGGUGCGGCUGCUGCACAUGGUGCAGGACUUCCUGCAGGCGGAGGGGCUGGUGAACCCGGCGCUGUGGACGGAGAAGCUGCUGGAGGAGGCGGUCACGCUCAUGGACAGCCUCAUGGUGUGGUACACCUCCGGCACGCAGUGGCUGCAGCUCUCCCAGGUGGGCGUCCGCCUGCUGCUCGGCUUCAUGGCGCAGGAGGACAUGCAGGUGUGCGCCAUGGCCACGGCCAAGCUGAACGCCAUCCUGCAGACGAAGAGCGUGGAGACGCAGGACGAGGCCUGCUACCUGCUGGGCAGGCUGGAGGGCAUACUGAGCCGCUCGGUGCGCGAGCAGACCGAGGCCUACUCCUUCCUCAUCCCGCUGCUGCGCACGCUGCUGUCCAAGAUCCACAAGCUGCUCUACAUGGAGCUGCACCUGCCCUCGCUGCCCGACACCAACGGCAGCCCCUCCUUCUUCGAGGACUUCCAGCUGUACAUCGCCUCGCCAGAGUGGAGGAUCUACCUGGACAAAUAUAUCAUCCCCUACAUGAAGCAGUAUGAGAUCGAGACGUUCAGCCAGGGCCACGAGACCAUGGCGCUGUACUGGAAGGACUGCUACGAGGCCUUCAUGGUGAGCCUGCACCGGCGCGAGAGGGAGCGCGGGGAGAGCAAGAUCCGUUUCCAGGAGCAGUUCGUGGAGCCCUUCUCGCGCCGCGGCCGGCAGGAGAACCUGCGCUACAACAGCAUGCUGAAGCAGCUGCACAGCCAGCACAGCGCCAUCCUGAGGCAGUGGAAGGCGGCGCGGCGGGGCCUGGUGUGCGAGAGGGGGCCCUGGGCUGACAGGCAGCAGAGCGAGAUGCACUGGCGCGUCUCCAGCGCAGAGAACUACUCGCGCAUGAGGCUCAAGCUGGUGCGCAACUACAACUACGACCCGCACCGCGAGGCCAGCGCCCUGCGGGACAACCUCGGUGUGCAGCAGCAGCAGGUGUGCGCCCAGUCUCUGCUGCUGGAGGUGGUGAAGCAGGUGAAGGUUAGCGACCUGGAGGACGACAUGCUGGAGCUGCCCGAGGACGACCCCGGGGGAGGGAACAGCCUGGGGGAGACGGAGGAGGCCGGGCAGAAGGAGAAGCUGGUGAUGUGGGAGGACUGCGAGCUGGUGACGGUGAUGGACGUGAGCCCCGGGCGCCUGGAGCUCACCACCCAGCACAUCUACUUCUACGAUGGGAGCGCGGAGAAGGAGGAGGGCGUGGGCUACGACUUCAAGUGGCCGCUGUCGCAGAUCCGGGAGAUUCACCUGCGCAGGUACAACCUGCGGCGCUCGGCCCUGGAGAUCUUCCUCAUCGACCAGACAAACUACUUCCUCAACUUCAAGAAAGAGGCGCGGAACAAAGUGUACCGGCAGAUCCUGCUGCUGCGCUCCUUCAGCCUGUACGGCACGCGGUCCCCGCAGGAGCUGCUGAAGGUGUCCGGCCUCACCCAGAAAUGGGUGAACAGAGAGAUUUCCAACUUCGACUACCUCAUCCAGCUGAACACCAUCGCAGGGCGCACCUACAAUGACCUGGCGCAGUACCCUGUGUUCCCCUGGAUCCUGGCGGACUACACCUCCGAGGAGCUGGACCUCUCCGACCCGCGGGUGUUCCGGGAUCUGUCCAAGCCGGUGGGCGUGGUCAACGAGAGGAACGCCAAGGCGGUGAGAGAGAAGUACGAGAGUUUCGAGGACCCCACGGGGACUAUCGACAGGUUCCACUACGGCACGCACUACUCCAACGCGGCGGGGGUGAUGCACUACCUGAUCCGGGUGGAGCCCUUCACGUCCCUGCACAUCCAGCUGCAGAGUGGCAGGUUCGACUGUGCGGAUCGUCAGUUCCACUCCAUCGCCGCCACCUGGCAGACCCUCAUGGACAACCCCAACGACGUCAAGGAGCUCAUCCCGGAGUUUUUCUACUUCCCAGAGUUCCUGGAAAAUCAGAACGGUUUCGAUCUGGGCUGCCUGCAGAUAUCCAAGGAAAGGGUUAACGACGUCGUGCUUCCCAAGUGGGCCAAGUCCCCGGAGGACUUCAUCUACAAGCACAGGAAGGCUCUGGAGUCGGAAUAUGUGUCUGCCCACCUCCACGAGUGGAUCGACCUGAUCUUCGGCUACAAGCAGCAAGGCCCCGCGGCCGUGGAGGCCCUCAACGUCUUCUACUACUGCACUUACGAAGGCGCGGUGGACCUGGACGCCAUCACGGACGAGAAAGAGCGCAAGGCCCUGGAGGGGAUGAUCAGCAAUUUCGGACAGACGCCCUGCCAGCUGCUCAAGGAACCCCACCCGGUCCGUCUGUCCUUGGAGGAGGUGGAGAAGAGGAAAGCCAAGCUCGACACCUGCCCGCUCAGCAUCUUCGAGCACUUGACCGAGCUCAAGUCCUUCUUCGUGGAGGGCAUCAGUGACAACGUGCCCCUGGUGAAGGUGAUGGUGCCCAAAAACCAGUCUCACUCCUUCAUCACCCAGGGCAGCCCUGACACCCUGGUGACUCUGAGUCAGAACGGGCUGAUGGGGACUCACGCCUGGCUGCCCUACGACAAGAACAUCUCCAACUACUUCACCUUCAUCAAAGACCCCACCGUGGCAAACCCCAGGACCCAGCGCUUCCUCGGCGGGCCCUUCUCCCCCGGCGUGGAGGUGACGGCGCGGCUCUUCGUGGUGUCACAUGACGGGAAGCUGCUGUUCAGCGGGGGCCACUGGGACAACAGCCUGCGGGUCACCUCUCUGGUGAAGGGGAAGACGGUGGGCCAGCACAUCCGGCACAUGGACAUAGUGACCUGCCUGGCGACGGACUACUGUGGCAUUCACCUGAUCUCCGGCUCGCGAGACACCACCUGUAUGGUCUGGCAGGUACAGCAGCAGGGCGGGGCGCCCGUGGGGCUGUGUCCGAAGCCGGUGCAGGUUCUGUACGGACACACAGACGAGGUGGUGAGCGUCAGCAUCAGCACGGAGCUGGACAUGGCCGUGUCCGGAUCACGGGAUGGCACCGUGAUCAUCCACACCAUCCGGAGGGGGCAGUACAUGCGCUCGCUGCGCCCGCCCUGCGAGAGCUCCCUGCCCCUGUCCAUCCAGCACCUGGCCGUGUCCUGGGAGGGCCGGCUGGUGGUGCACACCUGCAUCGAGGGCAAGGCCACGCUCAAGGAUAAGAACGCCCUGCACGUCUACUCCGUCAAUGGGAAGCACUUGUGCAGCGAGCCGCUCCAGGAGCAGGUGACCGACAUGUGCGUGUCCGGGGAGUACAUCGUGCUGGGCAGCGAGCAAGGCUUCCUGUCCAUCCGAGACCUGUACAGCCUGGCCCUGUGUGUUGCGCCCAUGGCGAUGCGGGUGCCGGUGCACUGCGUUUCGGUGACCAAGGAGCAGAGCCACGCCCUGGUGGGCCUCCAGGACGGGAAGCUCAUUAUAGUGGGAGUCGGCAAGCCGGCCGAGAUGCGCUCGGGCCAAAUCACCCGCAAGCUGUGGGGCUCCAGUAAGCGUCUGACCCAGAUCUCGUCCGGGGAGACCGAGUAUCACACCCGGGACCAGAACUGACACCCCCUCACCCCCCACCCCCCCACACCUCCCAAUGCCCACACCUAUCCCAAACCAGAAAUCUCGCUUUGGCACUGAUCACUAGCCCCCGUUGGCCCAUUGCCCUGUCAAUCACUACAAUCCUCGCCCAAUCAGGAACGGAGGGUGCCCAUGCUUGUUUGAAUGUUGACUCUGCUUUGACCGGGGUGUUAGAGCCUGUUUUUUUGUCAGUUAAACGAUGAGGCCCGGUCAAGCCACGCUUCUCCUCCUCUCCGUGCGGGGGGUCCGCUCUCUCCGAAACGCGCCCUCGGGGAGGGGAGAAACUGGACCCGACGGGACAAAGCCCCGGAGUGGGAUCAGCCAGCGCAGGCGCUGUCGUUCUGAUCCGACCCUAUACACCUCAUCAGCACCCCCCCCCAUUUCGCCACCCCGUCCCCACUAAUCUCGCAUCACGCCCCCUUCCAAAUCACCCACUAAUGUUCUCAUAAUUAACGCAGUAGCUUCCUCUCUGAGUGUUUCCUGUAAGGGCUGUGGAGACUACCAGUAAUGGCAGUACCUGAUGCUGGUCUGUCUAACACACGAAGGAAGAAAAAAAAAACCAAGCCAAUAUCAUGCAAGUCCUCCAAGCUGACUGUACGAGACUGACCCAGGAUCAGGCUCAGUGACUGCUGCCCUUUGUAGAAGACACUCAGAAUGAAGGGACUGAAUUUUCUCUUUCUUUUCCAGUGGCCUUUCACUCGCCUUACAGCCAAAUUGUUUACAGGUGCCCCUGAGGGCUCAGUACUGACGGACAUGGUUUUAUGCAAACGGAGCAGCGGUGUGUUCUCUCGUAACGAACGGCUUUCGUCUGAAGCAUUACUGACGUUACCUAUCCCUGUGCUGUGUGGACGCGCUUGCUGUCACGCCAUUAGUUAGAGUGUUUGUAGCUCGUCCACCCUGCCCAGACCACGUCCUCCAGCGGGGGCGGGGGGGGUCCACUCGCAGGUUGCUCCUCCAGUUCCCCCCAC